CGAGGGCCUCACGAAGAUCGACCCGAGGCUGUUCCGGCAGCCUGUCACCCGAGUCAAGGUGGCUGGCGGCACCGCGCCCUUCUUCAACCUGGCGCUGAACCACCAGGCCCUGUCCACCAGCAGCCUUCCUUGCCUUCUCAAGGACAUCACCCAUGACUACUACAUCGGCAAGGACCUCAGCCACGCGGCCGACGAGGUGAUCUUCUACGAGGAGGCGCUCGCGCUGAGCGAGACGGCCGGCAAGGGCGGCCUCGGGCCCCUGAUGGCCUUCUUCGUGGACUACCUCGGCAUCCUGACCGCCGAGGAGGAGGCGCCCCCGGAGAAGAGGCAGAAGCCCAAGGACCUGCUGGUGAUGAAGAACCUCCGCUGCGGGUUCAAGAAGCUCCGGAUGCUGGACAUCAAGAUCGGCCAGAAGACCGCGCAGGCGGUCGGCGCGACGGGCGCGGGCCUCGCGAGCGGGGGGGCAGCGGCUGGCCCCUCGGGCGGGAGGUGUUGGACUUCGCUGCCUGGGCGGCUUGUCCGCGGCAAGA